AUGAGCUGGAGAGGAGUAGCGUGUGUGUGCGCGUGCGUGCGUGCGUGGUUCUCCCCUGAGCGCUUGUGCAUAUGCUUGUGCAUGCGUGUGUGUGCGUGUGUGUGCGUGCAUGAGUGAUGUAUGGAGUGCGUGUGAUGGGAUUCGAGCAAAAACACAACGGAUCGCAGCCCUGAACUUUUCGGAAGUAGUUUUGUUUUCAGGAUAAGUUUUAGGGAUUUAGGAAAGGUGACUGAUUGGAUCUGAGCUAUAGGAGUCUUCCUGCAUAGAACAUAAGCACACACUCCAGCUUGUCAGACAAGAUCUCCUCCAGCAAAAGUUUCACCUCGGCUCUCAGGGUGAAGAUGUCCUCCUGCUAAGCAGAGUUUCCAGCUCACUUCUCUGAAGGCCAUAAACAGGAAGAACAAUCCGGUUGAUCUGCUCCAUCAGCUCAGCUCAGCUCUCCUCUAAUCUUCUCUUCUCUCCUCCUCUGCUUUUUCUCUAGGGUUUGUUUCUGAUCUCUGUUGCAAACCUGCAGAGGAAACCCUGAGGAUCAUCUGAGCUCAUGGAUGAUCUCUGAGCUGAAUGGCUGCUCCAUUCUCCAAGCAUGGAAGUGUAGACGGAUAGACAGAGAGAGAGAUUUGAAUACCAGUUAAAUAAUAAAAAGAAGAAGAAGAAGAAGAAAUCAGGAUGCUGAAGACUCUGACCAAAAAGCUCAGAAGACAUUCCCUUAAUGAAAUCCACCCUUUCCAGCUUAAGAUUUCCUACCAUGGCAGUGAAGAGGGUGGAGAGAGCGAAGAUUCUGAAGGAGAGAACCAAGAGCUGGCACAGAUCGACCGAGAGCGCCGCAGGAACUGUGUUUUAACCCCUCUGGCUACAAGUCAGCAGCCGAAUCAGGGCCUGCUUUCCCCGGGCCGUGUUCGCCGCGUGCGGUUGCUACUGGAGCCUGCCAUGGAGCGCCACAGCUCUGAAGAGGAGCUUGAGCGUAUUGCGGGCACCGCUGGUGCUGAGGGUGGAUGCAGGUGGCACCGGCACGGAGAUCUCAGCAGUGCCUCUAGUGACGAGGAGGUGAAGGACCUGUGUGAGCCAGGUGUUUCCCACAGCCCUGUGCUAUUCAGCUCGUCUCCACCUCGAGGCCUCAAACCCACACACACCUCCACACGACUACACGCCAGACCCAUAAUCCUCAGCCAUUUUGAACAGCCCGCUGUGCCAUACUGGAGGCACCGGAGAGAGCCCGGUCGGCCGAGUCUGGACCUGGAGAAGAUGCAGCAGAAAAUGCUCCUGAAAAAGAACUGCGGUGGGAAAACGAGGACAAUCAAGAUCCGGAACCUGACUGGCAGUCGUCACCCUCCCAGAUACUCUUAUGAUCCUUCCAUCUUUGCCUUCCGCUCCCUGAGCACCGCCCCUCCGUGCAGUCCCCUGCUCUCCAGCGAGGAGCCUCCUUGUGCUUGAGGGAAGCCACUGGACGUUGAGAUGAAACAGCACAGCUUAUUGGAUCAACCUAUUUCUCCCAUUAGGACGGGGACGGUUUUUAUUAUCCUGUCAUUUAGCAGGGUUUUAGUCCAAAGUGCCCAAGUUGAAAAAACAGCAAGGCCCAGGAUGUAGAGGAGCAUCAGGGAAUCGGGUAAUGUUGUCUUCAGUUGUUUUACCCUUUCUGGCUGUCUGACCAUAUCUCAGGAAAAAAUCCUUUCACACUUUCUCCAAGACAAGGCCCUGGCUACUGUCCUGUGACGGAGCCACAACAAAAAGCUGCAUUUUGCUGAAAUCGGCAUUCUGAAUAAUUUCGUGGUUCUUGAAUAACCCUGCACAUCUGGCCAGUUCCUGAUGUUCAGGUAUAGUUAUUCAAUUGCCAUUGUACAAUGUGCAUCUUGGCUAGUCGUAGAUCAUGUAGAAGUCUACACCAGAGCUUUGGGCUGAGAAAGAAACGUGAUGCGGAGCGAUUUGUAAUGUGAGGAUGGACUAUUGAAUGAGUGCAUUUAUUAUUUUUUUUUGGUCUUAAAAGGUAUUACUACAACUGUUACCAGAGAGGCUGGCGUUCUACACUUCCUUGCAGUCGUAAUAAUCAAAAACGAAUGAAUGAAAUGAAAUUCAUGCUUUUAGGCAUGAUCAACAAUCGAAAUGUAAACUCGACGUUAAUUGGUUACCUUGUGAAAUCCGAAGAUCGAGGUGAUCCGUGUCUGCCCUAGUGCUUGCCUAAUGUGACUUGUUCUUUGACAAUAAUAAAUAAAUAUACAAGGGAAUAAAAAGAAACCCUGGUACUAGCAUUAUACUAAAGCCGGUUUUACACUGUGUGAUCACAACACUCUCUUUUUAUUACUUUUCACGUUCGCACUGGAUGAGAUGAUACCAAUCAACUCUUGGCGGAAUUGUAGACCAGACUCUGCGAUGAUGCGUGUUCUCCGUGUCAGAUUAUAUGACAAGUCCUCUAACAAUAGACCUGGAAGUAAAUAUAGUUACUGUUCUGCUUACAUCAUCAAUCGACGUGAUCAGGGCUCAUGCGCAAAAUAGUCACGGGAACAGAAACAUUAUUCAGAGUAAGGUAGAAGUAAUAAGGAUUUUUUUUUUCCCCCGUCAGUGUUGCGUUUAUUUUUCACCAUUGGCGCGAAUGUAUUUGUAGCCGUCCUGUGAGUUUUUGCAUCAUGCUGGAACCAUCUGCCUAGUAGUGGCUUUUACACCAUUGGUGUCAUCUCGGCGGCCAUCAGGCUUGUAGUACUCGAGUCCAGAACUCGGAUUCGAAUCUGACUCGUGCCCUAAUUUUAAAGACUCAUGACUCGACUCGGACUUGAGCACUGAUGACUCGGACUCGCGCAUUAACUGCAUUCGGACUCAUAAAUUGGAGACGAGGACUCAGAUUUAUUUAUUUAUUUUUUGUAACACGCCAUAAUAAUUUGGCAUAAGAUAUUUAUAUCUACAUUAAUUUUGUACUAAUUUCGUGUAAGAGUGUCACACCUGCGCGCCUUGGCAUGUGCAUCAGAUAGACUUUUGGGCGCGCUCCGGACGGCGUGCAUGCACCAAACGACUCGCACCUGCACAGGAUUAGGGCGCAAUCAGCACGCCGAUAUAAAAACUGUGAAAAUGCACUUACUUUGCGAAGUAUUGAGUUGCAUUGCUGACACAUUACCGAGCCUUAUUUCCUUGUUUGGUUUCCUGAUUUCCUGUUUCUCGUCUUUGAUUCUGCCGAGUCUACGAUAGCCUGUUUGUGUCUCGCUCGACCUAUCGCCUGUUUCACCGUUUUACGAUUUUGCCUGCCGUUCUGGAUUGUUUACCGUCUUCACUUCACCUUCUGCACUUACAUCCGUCUCCCAACCGUCUCUGACAGAAUACUUCACACUCCCUGACAAAGAGAAGCACAUUCACCUGUUCAUACGUCACGUUCAGGAACAAACUAACGUUAAUGGUGCUAAAACAGACACCGUCAAAUGGUGCGGUUGGAGUCUUGUUCUCGGACUCGACUCGAAAUUUUCUUUCAUGACUUGGACUUGAACACUGGGGACUCGAGACUGGACUCGGACUCGAGGUUUAGUGACUCGACUACAACACUGGCGGCCAUGCUCUGAGAUUUUACUGCAAAUAUUUGACAUUGUCAAAACUUCUCAGCCAUCUUUGGUCACAAUGGCACUAAAUUUGCUACUGGCGAUCAUGCACGCUAAAACCGUAGUUCAACUGCAAAAGACGACUAAAAUUGUACAGUGUAAAGCCGGCAUGUGACACUGUCCGACCAGUCGCAGGUUUAGGUCAGACAGCGUACUCCGUCUUCUCUGCCUAAUAUACCGGAGCUGCAGUAUAGAAGCUUCUUUACCAUGUUUGAAUAUUUGGACCGAGUACCAAAGUCAAUAAUUAAUGCUUCGUUAUACAUCAAUAUUUCAUCGUAACCCCUUUUCUGGGUCAAGUCUAAGCUAAGCUUCUCAAUUUCGACUGCAUUCUUUCAAUCUUGAAUUGUUUUGGUAAAGAACAAACACAAUGUUGAAUAUAAAACAUGGGAAACAUUUUGUUUCGAGUAUUUUGCAUAUGUAAUUGUGUAGGCUUUAACUAUAUUAACUAUGUACUGUAUUGAUUUAUACCUAGCUUUCCAAUGAAUGUAGCCUCCUCUUGUAGGGGUCAAUAUGUUUUUGCAAGGUGUAGGAGAGCUAUGAGGAACUUUUUGUUACUGGUUCCACAAGUUAAUCUAGUUACCCGUUCAAAUAUAUCCACACGGAAUAAAUAUAUACACCUGCCGGUUGGACAGUACCUACAUGUUUUUAACAUGUAAGAAGCCUCUUAUUUUAUUUUAUUUUUUUGCCAUGUUCCAGUGAGAUAAAUAAAUGUCUCUUGGCUCCAGUGAUGUGGACUUUGACAUACUUCUUUUCUUCAUCAAGAUCACAGUUUUGCCUCUAACACAGAUCCUUGAAUGUUUUUCAAAACACAUUUUUCCGUCCGCGUAUCUGAUGACUCUUUGCUCUCAUUUUGUGACAUGAAUGCUAUCUUUCCAGCAAUGGAGUGUGGAGUUCAUGCACAGUUUAAGUUCCAUGAGCUAAAGCAGUGGUCUCGGUGUCCUUCAGAGUGCUGGUACCAAAGGAUCAAAGACCUAGGAUUUGGUACUACCAGAUGCUUCCUCAUUUGUCUCAGUACUUGGCAAAUACAAGUGUGAGUUUAUGUAUCUCAUUGUGUGACAUGGGUAUAUUUGGGUUUCCUUUCUGUGCCCUUAUCUCUAGUUCACUGAUAUGAGUGUACACUGUCAUCAUUAUGUGUAUGGUUUUGUUUUUUCAUUGCACAGGGUCCAAAAGUCUGAAGCUGAUACCAGGACCUGGUUUGUUUAUUCAGUUAUAAAAGUUAGAAACUAAUGCAA